AUGGCAGUCGAGGAGCUGAAUGUCAACACACCUGCUGGGAAUGACAGUGUGGACGAGGCUAAAUUACAAAUGUUAAAAGGUGGUGCGUUUCUGACCACCGUGGCCGCUGCAGGAAUGAUCGCUGGGUUUGGCUCGACCCUUGCUUUGGCUAAGAAAAGGAGCCCUGAGUGGUUUAAUAAGGGUGUCGUGGGCACGGCGGCGGUGCCUGAGAGCGGAGCGUCGCUGGCCCUGCGUGCACUCGGACGAGGUUCUCUGUACGCCUGGUGUGGAGUCGGCCUUCUGACCUUCACGGUGUGGAAAGCUCUGGGUGUCCACAGUUUGGUGGAAUUUCGACAGAAAAUGCAAUCCAUCUUUCCUGCCGUUCCGAAAAACAAAGACGUUCAGACAAACGCAGCGCCUUUCGACUGGGACUCGCUAUUUAAAUCCAAAUGAGCACUGACGUGCCGGGGAAGAGAGCUUUACGUGUCCGCUCACCGGAUAGACAACCUGCGAUGUGACUGCCAGGUCAGAUGAGAAUCAAGUUUCCCUACACUUCUUACCCCAAGACUUUUUAGGGAUCUGUGAUGUUGAAGAAUCAGUCUGGAGAAAUGACUCUCGUUCUGGCUUCAGUACAAUGUGUGUGUCUGUGUACGAACAUAAACAGCAACUAGCUUUUUCAAGAAACAAAAUGUCCGGACGUCUCACAACGAAGCUCCCGGUUCAAAGGACAUUUUGCUAAACUGCCUUUCUGAGUUUUACCAUUUGAUGGAAGAGCUUCUGUGUGUCAAACACAACCAUUUAAAUUGGUUUAGGGAGUUUGGAACAGAUCUGAUUAACAAAAAACAAAACAAGAAAAUGAUUAAUGUGUGUGUGCAGUGUGUACGGAGAUUAAAUAAAAUUUUUUUUAAUGCUGCUGGA